UGCUUGUAUAUACCAGUGUAGUCAGUUAUUGUUUGUGCGCAGGUUCUAUUGGCAUCGAACCUUCCGUGACUGUAACCCUUCACAAUAUUUUGUUACCGUAAAAAUUGCCUUGGACCGAGUUUUAAUGCUAAUGACAGUGUAUAAUUUAAAGUUUAUUGUUUAUUAGAUCGUUUAACUUCGUACUUAACUAUGGGAAAUCAAUUAGUCGGAAUCGCACCAUCACAGAUUUUGCCUGUGGAACAUUAUUUAAAUGAACAUCCUGAUCUGAUAUUUGAUGUGAGUCUAGGCAGUACUAGGUUUUUCAAAGUAGCAAGAGCUAAGUCCCAAGAAGGCUUAGUUGUAGUAAAAGUUUUUGCAAUACAUGAUCCAAGUCUUCCUUUAGCAGCACAUAAAUCUAGAAUAGAACAAUUGAAGAAAACUCUAGGAUCAGCUGUUAAUUGUUUACCCUUUCAGAGAGCAGUUUUGAGUGAUAAAGCAGGAUUUUUAAUGAGAGAAUUUGUUAAAUACAGCCUAUAUGAUAGAAUUUCUACCAGACCAUUUUUACUCCCCAUUGAGAAGAAAUGGAUAGCUUAUCAAAUCUUAAAUGCACUUGCUCAGUGUCAUAAAUUAGGUGUCUGUCAUGGUGACAUUAAACUAGAGAAUAUAUGUAUCACAUCAUGGAAUUGGGUACUUCUUACAGACUUUGCCUCUUUUAAACCAACUUAUUUACCUGAAGAUAAUCCUGCUGAUUUUUCAUACUUUUUCGAUACUUCUCGUAGACGUACUUGUUAUAUUGCACCAGAGAGAUUUGUUAAAAGCUUAGGUUCUGAAUCAGGAAGUCAUUUAUUGCUUUCUGAAGAUAAUUUGAGAAAAGAGGAGCUCAAGCCUAGCAUGGAUAUUUUUUCUGCAGGUUGUUCUUUAGCUGAAUUAUUUGCUGAUGGACACCCUCCUUUUGAUUUUUCUCAGUUGUUAGCAUACCGUGGAGGAGAAUAUUCUGUGGAGAAAUACCUAUUGAAAUUUGAUGAUGAAAAUGUCCGUAAUCUUAUUGGAAGUAUGCUUUCAAAGGACCCUCUAUCAAGGUUAUCAGCUGAAAAAUAUUUAGAAGAGUAUAAAGGUAAACUGUUUCCAGAUUACUUCUAUAAUUUUCUGUUAUCUUAUAACAUAAUUUUUUCUAAUACGAUUCCAAUCUUGUCAGCUGAUGAAAAACUUGAAAGGAUGAAAACUGAAAUUUUUAAUGUGAUAAAUGUUAUAAUUGAUGAGGACAGUAAAUGGAAAAACACAAAAGAUGAACUUAGAGACAAAAAUGAUGAACAAUCUGCUUGUGAUGCUUUAGUUCUUAUAACCUCCAUGAUCACUUCAUGUAUUAGAGGCUUGCAUUUUGCUGUUUCCAAGAUUGAUACGCUCGAAAUUCUUGUUGAACUUGCUGCACAUACAACAUCAGAAGUAUUGUUAGAUCGUAUCCUUCCUUAUGUUAUGUAUCUAAUUAGAGACCCAUAUCCAAGGGUUCGGGUUUGUGCUAUAUAUUCACUAACAAAAAUCUUAUCCUAUCUUAAAUCUGUGCCACCUAGUGAUUCAAACGUUUUCCCAGAAUAUAUUCUUCCUGGUCUUUCUCAAAUACCUAAUGAUGAUGAAGUUGUCGUACGCGCUUCUUUUGCUGAGAAUAUUGCUCGGCUUGCUGAAAUAUCUUUAAAAUUAUUAGAAUAUUGUCAAGUCAAUCAAAAUGAAACUUAUAGAAGUUCUUAUGAAAGUGAGUUAGCUACUUUGCACCAAAUGAUGCAACAAAUGGUUGCAGGAUUACUAACUGAUUCGUAUAAUAUUGUGAAACAAACUCUUAUUGAAAAUGGAAUUACCAAGUUAUGUGUUUUUUUUGGAAAGCAAAAAGCAAAUGACAUAUUACUCUCACACAUGAUUACCUUCCUUAAUGAUAAAGAAGAUAAACAGUUACGUGGUGCAUUUUUUGAUUGCAUUGUUGGUGUCGCUGCUUAUAUUGGAGUACAUUCAUCGCCAAUACUCUCCCCUCUUUUACAGCAAGGUUUAACAGACACCGAAGAAUUUGUGGUAAGAAAGGCAAUAAAUGCUAUAACAGCAUUGACUGAAUUAAGUUUAUUACAUAAAUCUGCUCUUUAUCAAUUAUUAGAUGAAUGUGCACCUUUUCUGGUUCACCCUAAUCUUUGGAUUCGACAGGCUGCUGUAGGGUUUAUUUGUGCACUGGCUAGAACUUUGAGCGUAGUUGAUGUGCACUGUAAAGUAGCCUCAGUAAUAAAACCAUUUCUUAAAAAUACUUUGAUUCAACUUAACCAAGAAGUACUCGUUUUAAAUGCUAUAAAACCAUGCAUUCCUCGCAAUGUUUAUGAUGCUGUUAUUAAAUAUUCAGAACUACCUCUUCUUCUUCAAACACUAGAAGAAAGAAGAAAUUCUAGAAAUGAUAUUAAAGGAGUAUCAUACCCAUUACCUUCCCAGCAAACUAACUCAUUUCGUGUAUGGUUUAACAGAUUAAGUUCAGAUGGACUUACUGAAUCUGUUGAAGAUUUAUUGCUAUUAAUGAGUAAACAUUUACAGAAGGUAAACCGCUACUCUUCUUUAGAAGUGAAGUCAUAUUCCAAUGGUAAACUGGAUUUAACAUCAGUUUUAAAACAAAGUGAUUUUCAUUCUCAUCCCAUUAAAAGAAGCGAUGCAGCUAAAUAUGAAAUAUAUCUUCCUCAGUUGAAACGAGUCAGUGACGACUGUGUUCUAACUAUGAAUGAAGAAUGGCGGACCAUGUUCGGUAGAGAAGGACAUACAUCUGCAAAACAUGAAAAAAGUUCUAUACAUAGCAAUGAUUGGAAUAUUAAAAGUUCAGGAAGUCAGUCUGUUAUGGAACACAGCAUUCAAGAGCGAUCAUAUAUUCAGUAUCGUUGUGCUCCUUCACGUCUUGAGCUAAGAAAGCUAUUCAAACAUAGAGAAAGCUUACAAGGGUUCAGGAGUCCUCAAAAUCAUAGGAGCCGGGAUGUUAUUCCAGCUGGUUGGAGACUGCGCCCUGGUCUUGUUUCUCAUUUACAUGCUCAUUCUGGCUCUGUUACCAGAUUAGUUGCUAUUCCAGACACAAAUAUUAUGGCUAGUUGCAGCUUUGAUGGGUGUGUAAGGAUAUGGGAUUGUGGUAAAAUGGAAGGGAGAAAUAUUGCUAAUAGAGCUCGUCAAGUUUACAAUGCACAGACUGGUCCAUUAGUUGGCAUGACCCUAUGUAAUGCCAAUACCUGCCUUGGCAUGGCAAGUCAGUCUGGUUCUGUUGUUGUUCUGAAGUUUGAAUCCAAUAGCAAUAAGAUGUCAGUGUUUGCCUCUAGACAUUUAGAUUUAGAAGAAGAAGGGCCUCCUGUUGAUAUUACCUAUUUUGAUUCAGGAUUCAAAUCAGUCCUAGUAUAUUCAACAAUUUAUGGUUACAUAAUUGGUUGGGAUCUACGUGCUCCUGGAAUAGCCUGGAAACUACAAAAUGAUAUCAAACAAGGUGUAGUUACUGCACUUCACAUGGACAAUAAACAAUGUUUUUUAACAUUAGGAACUAGCAGUGGCUUCUUAACUACGUGGGACCUUAGAUUUCAUUUACCAAUUUCUUCAAUUGCUCAUACAGGUGGAUCAAGAAUAAGGAGAAUAUGUGGCCACCCUAAAGAACCAUCUUGGCUUAUUUCUUCUGCUUUUGGUAACAAUGAAGUAUCUAUAUGGUGUAUUGAAAGUGCCUCUAGACAAGCAGUUUUAUGGGGAAGUUCUACCCCACCACUUUCGUCAGUUAAUGUUGCUGGAAACAACCCUCAAGCUGUAUGCGCAAUGUAUUCAGGUGUUGUUGAUAAAGAUGCCUUUUUAUUAACAGGCGGUACUGAUCAUAGAAUAAGGUAUUGGGAUCUCGACAAUUAUGCCAAUUCAUAUGUUGCGAUUCCUGCAGGAGGUGAUAUUGCUGGACAAACAUCUUAUUCUUAUAAAUGUCGUUUGAUUGAUGGUGUUAAAGUAGUGCAUGAAAUAAGGUCUAAGACUGGUUCUAAAAAUUCAAAUGAUGCUGAAGGACCUCCCAGAGCUGGACCAGAUCCUCCACCCGUAGGACAUCAUAAUACAAUUACUGAUUUAGCAAUAGUAUCGGGAACUGGAAGUUCAUUAUUGGCUUCAGGUGCUUGUGAUGGUGUUAUUAAAGUGUGGAAAUAAGUGAUGUGUGAUAUAUAAAAAUAUGAAUUCAUUCCUAUUGGUCAACUAUUUGUAAAAUUUUGUGAUAUUUUAGUCAGUAUGUUUUAAUGGUAUUCUUUGUAAAAUAAAUAACAAUAUUUGUAUAUUCGAUUGACAAGAAUAAUACACAGAGUUGUACAAAUAAUGUAGAAAAUUAAUUAUAAGGAAUAUUUAUUUGUUUUUUAAAGUUCCUCCUAUUUUAUAUUAUAUUAUUUUGGUUAAAUUGAAUUUGUCUUUCAUUCAUUGCUUGAUAAGAUUUAAAUUAUAAGAAUUUUAAGGUGUCAUCAGGAUUAUUGUUUUGUUACCUUUUUCCGUUUCAUAUGACUCAUCUAUUCUAUGGUUUUAGAUUACUUGUAAUUAUUAAAUAAAUGUAAAGAAUUAUUUUUGUUUUGUUCCUAAGUUUAAUAGAUUUAUUAGUUAAAAAAUGCAAUGGGAUAACUUUAUUUGUAAUAAUUUUGAUUUUAUCUUUGGGUUAUUCCAUGCCAAAUCAUUCAGGGACUAAGGUCUAUGCUACAGCUUUUAAUGAAAAAUUAUUUAUAAACUAUGAAAAGUUUUUAGAUGUAAAUAUAUUGUUCUGAUGUUAUUAAAUAAUUAAUUAAAUGAAAAAAUAUUGAGUUAAAACUUUUGUCUGUCAUUAUAUAUUUACUUAUAUAAUUAUUAUAUUAUUAUUAAGCUACUGUAGCUUAAUAUAUGUGCUAGUGGACGUUGCUGAGACUGUCUGUGAGUCCCUGGCCUGAUCGAAGCUCUAUUUUUAAAAUUUUGAAGAGGAUCCCAUCGUUAACUUAUAAAACUAAAAAUACCGGGAUUGAAACAUUAAUAAACAUAGAGGAAAUGAACAUCCAGUAGUUUAUUAAAUAAUUAAUAAGUGACCUUAUUCACAAUUAAAUGGUUAUGUUUAAAUUUAAUACUCAAAGGUUGAUUAAAGAAAAGUUGUAAAUAUAUAUACAUAUAUUUUUUCCUGUUGUCCUUGUAGAUCUUGGCGCCUUAAUAUACCUACUGCAACCCUAUCCAUCUUGGGUUAUUCCUUUGAAGUUAUCUGCAUGAAGCUCUAUUGCAUCUUUGUUGAUUUGAUCUAUCCAUCUGCUUUUUGGCCUUCCAUUUAGUUUUGUCUACUAUUGAGUUAUUGUCCUGUAGAGGCUUCCAGAUGGAUUGCUUCUAGCUAUGUGUCCUGGCCUACUUAACCUCCAUGCCUGCAUGAUGAGCUAUUGAUUGACCAGUUUCUGUAAGCAGCUCUUUAUUAGUCUUUCUUCUCCAUCUGUUAAUACUCUGAUCCCACAUUGCUCUGGUUAUGGUGCAGAGGAUUUUUCUCUCAAAUUAUUCAAUAAUUUUUUCUAUGGCACUGGUUAUUGUCUGGGUCUCACAACCAUUUAUAAGAACUGGCUUUAUCAUAGUAUUGUAUACC